UCCGCCACAGAGUCUCCUAUCCAGAACCUCUACCCAGCAUAAGAAGCAGCCCUGUAGCUUGUUCGAUGAUGCUUAUGUCAUAAGCAUUUUUUGAGCAUUCGGUGAGACUGAAUACCCAGGUUUUGUGGGGGAUGAAGUGCACGACAGGCAAUUGGUAGUCCUAAGAAAUGCUUCCCGGUCAUUCUGCCACUACGUCCAGACACCGAGGAGGCUCACGUCGGUCUCAGGUGACCCUAGUUAGGGACCGUCAGACAUGCAUCCCCCUGACCAGGAUACUCGGCGAUGGCGAUAUUGUUGUCCUACUCACGCCGGUUGUUCCGCCUGUUAACCCGGAUGAUGACAGCAGUAGCAAGGACCCGUUCGAGCCCUUCGGCCGGGCCUUGGCCGCGAUACACCCCUGGAUUCGGCACGUCCCGUACACCUCUCGAAACGGGAUGACGAGUACGCACGUCGGUUUUAUCAAGAGAGCCAAGGUCGUCAUCUUCGUCAUCUCCGGGUCACCGAGCCUGGGUCAGUCCUCGCAAGUCGAGACCGCUCAGAUAGCGCAAAUGGUGGGGGAGAAACGACCGCAGAUAAUCGUAGCGUGCCAGGAUGUGGACGACCUCGGCCUCGUGCAGGAAAAUUUCCCCACGGUGGUUCAGCUACCCGGGUAUCAGCCCUCUCAUUUGCGGGUCGCGGCUGCGAUGCUAUUUAGUGAGACUCCGGCUAUCGGUACUAUGGGCCUAGAUGUGCAAUCGUUGAUCACGCAGCCAAAGUCCUGGCCCCCGGAAAACUGGGAUGGUCUAAAUGUGGCCCCGGUCCACGAGCUUUGGAACCAAUGCCUACCCGAUAAGUUUCAUCUGGAGAGAUACCCCCUCCAGUGUCUGCUCCAGCGAGACGGUUACGCGAUGCACUUUGUCGUGAGGCUCCCCGAGAACCGCGAAAUCGUAGGAUUCUGCGCGACUUAUACUACGUUUGUCGAUAAAGAGGGCGAAAGACUAAUCGGGUCUCUGGCUAUGAUCAUCGUCAAACCGGCCUAUCGGCUCCGCGGUAUCGGACUGAGUCUAUACAACCAUGCUCUCAGCCAGCUCAAGAGGAUACGCGGCGUCGACCGUAUCCAGCUAGGCUCUACAUUCCCCCGCCUCCUCAGCGGCAUACCAGCUAAUUCUGGGUCCGAAGGCUGGUUUCGGAGGCGAGGCUGGCAAAUGGACGGCCAGGCUCCAGGCCAAGGGCAGGACAUCUGCGACUGGAUCUUGGAGAUUAAUGAUUGGCCCAACGGCGGGCUACUAACGGCUUCCUCCGGGCUUACUUUUCGACAGGGCACCUUCAACGACUUCGACCUCAUCUCGAGCUUUGUAGAAAAGGAGUCUUCCUGCAAGGAUCAUACCGGCUGGUAUGAUCAGUACAUGAAUCUGGCCAAUGAUGGUCGUAUCAGUGACGUCGUUAUGGGACUGGAGCACUCGGAAAUUGUCGCAACCGCCCUGAUAUACACGCCCUGCGAAGCCAGCUCCUUGGCCCGGGACCUCCCUUGGGCGCGGACAAUCGGGUCCGAGGUGGGGGGCGUAACGUGCAUUUGCAUUGCCGACGGCAAUCCGGCAAUGACGAUCAGCAAGGAUACGGUCAUGAUAAGAUUGUUAGAUACUUGUUUCUCCAUACUCAGAGGGCAAGGAAUGAAACAUGUAUUUCUCGACGCCGUGCGAGGCGGCUACAAGGGGUUUCAGUCGAUGGGUUUUCAAAAGUGGGCGAUAUACAGAGACUUGUGGCAACCGGUGCAAUCGCAGCUCAGAAAAUAGCCUCGAAGGCUGGUGAGAGACGCCGCGGUCAGCUUCCCUUACUCCUCCUCCCGAGCCGCUCCCGUUGCAUCGCAACUCAGUCGACCCGCGAAGGCUCCUCUAGGAAAUUUUUGAUCGGAGUGCCUUUCGUGUAUUAUACGAGCAUGGUUACGAAGCUAGGGAAACCUAUAUGUCAUGGGGCCCUAAACCGAAGGUCAUUGCCGACUGAAAGCCAGAAUCACAGUCAUGCAACGCUCUAAUUCAGAGGCGCGGAGACCGCGAUGGCGCAGCCAUAGCUGUUCGAAUGGAACUUAAUGUUGAGACAGG